UCGCAGCGCGCGGCGCGCGAGCUGUACACGCACGCGCACGAGUCCGUGACGCUGCUGGCCGAGCUGUUCGCGGCGCACCAGCUCACCGACACCACCGUGCUGCACGCCUCCACCGUCGGAGUCUCGCCGUUCUUCGUCGAGAACGUCAGCGAACUCCAGCUCAGUGCGCUCAAGCUCGUCACUACCAUAUUCACAAAAUACGAACAACACCGGCGGCUGUUGCUAGAAGACAUACUGGCUUCGAUAGCACGUAUUCCUAGUUCUAAGCACAACCUCCGAUCGUUCCAACUUAGUUCGGACCAACAGAUACAAAUGUUGACUGCGCUUGUUCUUCAACUAGUACAGUGCGUGGUUACGCUACCAGAAACUUUGUGCAAAUCCCAAGAUAAAGACAAAGAUCCUGAACUAUCUGACAGCAAAAAAAAUGCAGUGGACAAAGAUCUCAUGAUAAUUUCUAAGUACGAGGCAGCAAUCAGUGUGGGUGGAACAUUCCUGACGUCAUUCCUUAACAAGUGCCGAAGUCGAAACGAAGAAGUUGACUUUAGGCCCUUGUUUGAAAAUUUUGUGCACGAUUUACUUACCACUGUGAACAAACCAGAGUGGCCUGCUACAGAGUUACUGCUCAGUCUACUAGGAACUAUGCUGGUGAAGUACAUGUCGGACAAGUCGAUGGAGAUGUCGGUGCGCGUGGCGUCCCUGGAGUACCUGGGGCUGGUGGCGGCGCGGCUGCGGCGCGACAGCGUGCACUCGCGCGCCAAGCUCGCCACCAUGGACGCCGUCGUACGCGACAUCCGCGCCGAGGAGGAGAAAGACGGCAACCAAGCACAGAGCGCAACCUCGGGACUGGAUGAAGACGAAGAAAGAACAGAAUUCUUGCAGCGUGUGUUAUUGGAUUACCUGGCCAUCAAUGGACAAAAAGAUCAAGCUUGGAAUUGUGCGCGGCAUUUCUACAUUACGCAGUGGUACAGAGAUAUGGUAGUACAACCGAAAAGUACAUCACCGACAAAAAAACCGAAGAGUAAGUCGAAGAAACGUUACAUUAAGGACGAAACUAGUGAGGAGGAGUCUGAUGCUGAAGAUGAUAGCGACGAAGAAGGACGACGGCUGAAAGCUGACAAGAAGCUGGCCAACAGUGCGAUCGUGUCCGCUGAGAAGUUUAAAACAAUAGAGCGACGGAAAACUUUCUUCCUCGAAAAAAUUCGACCGUUUAGGUAUCAAGGUGGCACCCAGGUGCAAGUUAUGCAAUCCUAUAUAGAUUAUAGUGGAGCCGAACUAAUCUCUCAGUACUUAGCUUCAAAGCGGUCAUUCUCUCAGAGCUUCGACAGAUAUCUGAGAAAAAUACUUGUAAUUUUAUGUGAAAACACAAUAGCCAUACGCACAAAGGCGAUGAAGUGCCUUGCGAUGAUUGUGGAGGCAGACCCAGCGGUACUAGCGCGACCAGAUAUGCAGAUUGGGGUAAACCGAUCGUUUCUGGAUCAGUCUACAGCCGUACGAGAGGCUGCCGUCGACCUCGUCGGAAAAUUCGUGCUCAGCCGGCCCGACCUUAUUGAUAAGUAUUAUGGAAUGCUGUCAAAUAGAAUAUUGGACACUGGUGUAUCGGUGCGUAAACGUGUGAUAAAAAUCCUAAAAGACAUCUGUAUAGAGUGCCCGGAAUUCCCUAAAAUACCUGAAAUUUGCGUGAAGAUGAUCAGGAGAGUGAACGAUGAAGAAGGUAUCAGGAAGUUAGUAAUGGAAGUGUUUCAAAACAUGUGGUUUAGUCCGUGCGCUAACACGACGCGGCCGGGCGCGCUAGACAUGACGGCCGCCGCCGCCGACCCGCUCACUAGGAAGGUGCUCAAUAUCACUGACGUCGUCAUAUCCUCCCGGGAUAUUGGCCUCGAGUGGUUCCAGCAAUUGUUGACUAGUUUGUUCAAACCUAAAGAAGAUAAGGAUGAUUCUACAAAAAUUAUUUAUCAACCACCUAAAUCACUAUUACUUGCUUGUCAGCAAAUAGUUGAUUGUCUAAUUGAAAGUUUACUUCAGCUAGAGGAGACGAGCGCUGAGGGGACUGGUUCAUCACAGCGCAUUCUAGCUUGCCUCUCAACAUUACAUUUGUUUGCGAAAAUUAGGCCGCAAUUGUUAGUGAAUCAUGCUCUAACUCUACAGCCGUACUUGAGUUUAAAGUGUCAGAAUCAGUAUGAACAACAGAUUAUGUCGACUGUGGCUUCUACACUAGAGUUGGUAGUGCCGCUAAUGGAGCACCCAAGCGAGGUGUUCCUGGCACAGUUAGAGGAGGACGCCGUGAAGCUGAUCCUACAACGAGGGCAGCUCGUCAUCGCGUCCUGCAUUGCUUGUCUCGCAGCCAUCGUCAACAACCUCACGCACAACUACAAACUUAUAAGGGAUGUGUUCAAUAAGUACCAUGGUGUACUGCUUCAAUGGAAACACUGCUGGCAGCGAAAUCCUGAAAUGACGAGAGCAUUACACUCAAGGCCUUAUUUCAGACGCGCUUUGUUUAUCGUAGGACUUUUAUUACGGUACUUUGAUUUCACGGAAGCGCGUGUCAUCGAAGGACUACCAGCGGAUAUAAAAGAACAGAUAUUUACAACGUUGAUGUUUUUUGUUGGACUCGAAGAUGAGGACUUUGUGUCCCAUACUCUGAAAGCGUUAGGUUCGGUCUGCGUGAGGCAUUACGAGUUCAUGUUGAGACCUGAACUAAAGGAAUUCUAUCACCAACUUCUUACAUCCGAUUUAGCGCCGAUUGAGAUGAAAGCUGACGUACUGAGAAACAUUGAAAUGUACUUACAAGAAGAGGAGCAAAGAAUGAUAAGACAAGAUAAAGAAUGGUCAAAGAGAUCAAAACAUGAGAAUCUCAAAGAGAUGGGUGACGUGUCUUCGGGUAUGGCGUCGACGGUGAUCCAGUUGUACCUGAAGGAGAUCCUCGGCUCCUUCCUGCACCCCAGCACCGUAGUACGCUCCAGUGCCAUGAAAGUCGUGCAACUAGUACUGGCACAAGGUCUCGUGCACCCUGUACAGAUUGUUCCAUAUUUGAUUUGCAUGAGUACUGAUCUGGAAGUGACAGUAUCUCAUACGGCAGACAAACAUCUCCAAGAAAUUGACAAGAAAUAUCCAGGUUUCAUUCACAUGAAGGCACAACUUGGCAUCAAACUUUCUUAUCAGUUGCAAAAAAUAUUGCAAGUUAAUGCAAAUAAAGGUGUUAUAAGAGGGUUUAGGAAAAAGGAUCAAGAUGAAUUGCCAACGGCUCUUAAUGGUUUCUUAUAUUCAUUGCUUCGCAAUACGCGACCGCAACGACGAGCGUUGGUUUUAUCACUACUCAAACAAUUUGAUGACGUCUCUACUGCUCCAUUGGAUCAAAUGCUGUACUUGGCUGAUAAUUUGAGUUAUUUUCCCUUUCAAGUUCAAGAUGAACCUUUAUUUAUUAUACAUCACAUUGAUAUUAUUAUAUCGACAUCGGGAUCUAAUUUAUUACAAGUUUUUCGUGAGGGACUGAAUAAACCAAGUACAGAAGAGAAAGAGGCGCUGGACGAGGAAGAAGACGACGAAGAAGCAGAGACGUUGCUGGCACAGAUGCCGGAGUGCACGCGGCCGCUACAGGACGCCAUGCGACAGGCGCGCGGCUGUCUGCUACUGCUCGUGCUCAAACAGCAUCUCAAGCAACUCUACGGCUUCACGGACGCAAAAAUCAACCAAUACUCACCAUCUGAAAACGUGAAGGUGUAUGAAAAAGCAGUAUCUCGGCGCCAUGCGCCUGUGUUCGAGCCUAAGGCCACCAUCACACAAUUACAAGAAGACGACCUCGCUACUGACGAACUAGACGAGCGCGGCCGCCGGAGACUGGUCGAUGAUUACCUCGAGUUCAAGCAGCUGAUGCUGAAGUUCGACCCCGAGGAGGAAGAGGACGAGGAACAGCCGGGUCAAGCCGGCGGCAGCGGAGCGGCGGAGGGGGCGGGCAGUGGCGCGGCGGCCGGCGCGGGCGAGGGCGGGCCGCCGGCCCCGGCCGCGCCGCCGCCUGCCACCUAGCGCGGCGACGUGAGCGGCCCGCCCCGGACCUCCGCCGAGUCGUGGGGCGCCCCGCGUCGAAUCCCUAUUUGAACUUCUUUAUAUAAGUUGUAUUUGAGAAACUCGAUUUUGUUUUUAUAUUAAAAGUCUUGUGUGUAGAUAAUUUUUAUGAGAAUAUAAAGUAUAUGUACCUACUCCGCCUCGAGUCUUUGCAAGUUCGCCCCGCCCCCCGACCCGGCUCGGCUCAGUCGCGACGGCGUCGAUUCUAAUAAUAAUGUUAUAUUUGUUGUACAUAUUUCAUUGUUGAGGGUAUUAAAAUAAUUACGCGACUUUAAAAAAUAUCAUUUUAUAUUUACAUUUUAAGAGUACAAAACAAAAUUUAUUUCAUAAUAUUAUUGUUAUUAAUAGACACACCAAUACUUGUAGUUUUUGCCGUAAACCUAUUG